AUGUAUGUCAACCUUGCUCUUCUCAAUGUGACAAAUGCUCUUCAUAAACAGUUUGUGUAUCUUGUAUAACUGGAUACUAUCUAACUAUUAAUGCAACUUGUUCUUCGCCAUGCCCUACUUCAUUUAUUCAAGAUCCUUCAAAUACAAAAUGUGUUUGUCCAAUCAGUAGUAAUUUAAUUAAUGGUAUUUGCAUUCCAUGUGAUUCUAAUUGUCUAACAUGUUCUGCUGCUAACAAUUAAUAAUGUAUAUCUUGUUUUGAUGGGUUUAUUCUAAAAGAUUCCACUUGUUUAUAAUAAUACCAAACAUAUAAUUCUACAGUAUUUACUAAUGAAAAAAUAAAAUAUAUACAAUAAUAAACUUAAACAACAUCGUAAAUUUCUUCUUAUGGUUCUAUUGGCUUAAAUGCUGCUUAAAAUGUUAUGUCAACAUCAAGUUUUGGAGUCUCAUAGAGUGGAUUAACAUCUCAGAAAUUAAGUUAUCUCAUUUUAGUCUAGACAAACUUUCCUGCUCAUAUAUUUCAGUUAAUUAAUUCUUUAAAAGGUUAGCUUCCAUCUUAAUCAUUUAAGUAGCUGA